AUGGAAAAAAUGGACAGUCUUGUUGAGCGAGCGCGGGACCUCACGCUGCGUCAGAUCAAAGAGCAUCGUGUGGACAAACUGCACGAGACGGUAGACUCUCAUAUUCAGAAGAUCUACCAAGCCAUCUGUGCGUCAGAGGCGUCGAAGAAGGACUUUCUCAACUCGGUUCAAAACGAGUCAGGUCCCAAUGGACAGCCAAUUACGGAGAGUCUGGCCUCCUUGGACGCCUUUCGAGCGUACAUGAAAGAUGCCGAUUCUAGCGCUGAAACACCUAGGAAAGAUCUGGAUGUGUCUGCUCCCAUCUCGGAUUAUUUUGUCUCUUCGAGCCAUAACACCUACUUGACGGGUAACCAGCUAUAUAGCGAUGCCGCUGCCAGUGCAUACACUUCUGUCCUUCUUCGUGGGUGCCGCUCUGUUGAGAUUGAUGUCUGGGACGGAGAGCCAAAUGAGUCAGACUCGAGUGACAGUGAAUCAAGCAGCGAUAGCAGCAGCGACUCCGACAAUGGAAAGGGCGGGUUGUCGAGUACCAAAAUCAAAGAGAAGACCAAGUCCAGAACCGAAGCCAUACAGCAGAAAUCCAAGGGACUAUCAAAAUCAGUGUCGACAAGACUGGGCGAUGCCCUGCGCCGCAAAACGACCAAGAAGCCCGAUCCAACUCCUUCCACGGUUGUGGCAGACGAUGCAAAGACCCCCAAGGAUGGAUUUGUGGUAGAGCCUAGAGUCCUCCAUGGACAUACGCUGACCAAGGGGACGUCAUUCCGUGAGAUCUGCUACGCCAUCCGUGACAGCGCCUUCGUCAGUAGUGAUCUGCCAGUGAUUGUCAGCUUUGAAGUGCAUUGUUGUUUAGAGCAACAGCAAAUUAUGGUUGAUAUCAUGCGAGAUGCUUGGAAAGGGCUUCUGGUUGAGGUUUCACCUGACCUGGCAGCUGACAAGCUACCAAAGUUGGCUGACCUGAAGAGGAAGAUCCUGAUUAAAACCAAAAACAUUCCCUUAACCACCCCGGAAGCAGGCAAUGAAACAUCUGAAGCGACUACCCCAGAGGAGCCCGUCCAGGAAUUUGUUCACGAACCUGUUCAGGAACCUGUCCAGCAAACUGCUGCCGCUCAGCAGCAAAAACCGGCAAAACCAACCAAGAUUCUUGAAGCUCUAGCGAAGAUGGCCAUUUACACCCGAGCGUAUCACUUCAAUCAUUUCGACCAGCCGGAGGCCAAGGUCCCAGGACAUAUCUUCUCACUCUCCGAAAGAGCAUGCCGUGAGGCUCACCUCAAUGAUCGCGAAAGACUCUUUGAGCACAACCGCUCAUCGCUCAUGCGCAUUUACCCUUUCGCCUUCCGUGUGAAUUCAUCAAACCUCGACCCAGCUUUCUGCUGGCGACGAGGUGCUCAACUCGUAGCUCUUAACUGGCAAAACGUGGACAAAGGUAUGAUGCUUAAUCACGGCAUGUUCGCCGGCACGGCAGGUUGGGUAUUGAAGCCAGACGGAUAUCGAAGCUCGGAACCUUCUUCCGAUCUCAUUCACCGUCAUACCCUAAACUUGGUUUUGGAGGUCUUUGCUGCACAGAAUCUAUCAUUGCCGCCUGAUGGAAGCAAGGAGAAAGGAUUCAAACCCUACGUGAACUGCCAACUGCAUGUUGAGGAACCCGAUGGGCCGGUCGCUGCUGGUCAAGACGAUGCCAGCUCCGACUCUGAGAAGAGCAGCUUCCGCCGCUGUACCAAAAGCUCGUCUGGUGUCAACCCCGAUUUCAAGGGGCAGAAGCUGGUCUUCCCAACCGUGACAGGGGCGGUGGAGGAGCUAAGUUUCGUUCGGUUCAAAAUCAAGGACGAUGAAAUCGGCCGUGACUCGUUGGCUGCGUGGGCUUGCAUUCGGCUUGAUCGAUUGCGUGAAGGAUAUCGAUUUGUUCACCUUUACGACUGUACCGGGGAAAAGAGAGGGGGUGUCCUGUUGGUCCGUGUUACGAAGCAGGCUUCGUGA